AUCUGUUUAAAAGAAGAAGUAGAAAAGAUAAAUCCUCUUUUCAAUGCCUGGAAGGGAAAACAAAAUGACCUCAACUCCGCUUUGAAAAAAUCUUUCCAAGAACUUUCUUCAGAGAUUUUACUCGAUUGGUGACCUUAUAGAAGAGGAAGGGAGAGAGAUCCUUCUCUCUAUAUAUGCACACACAGAAGAAAGGCCACUUGAGGACAUAUAGAGAAGGUGGUUUCUGCAAGCCAAGAAGAAAGCUCUCUCCAGGAGCCUGAUUCUGCCAAUGCCUUGGUCUUGGACUUCCCUCCAGAACCAGAUGAUUGACGCAAUGAAGAAAGAACAGAUUUUUUUGGUUUCUGUAUGUCUGCUGCUUAAUUGUGCCUGUGCCCCUCUUAAUACUGUUCCUGAGGAAAGUGAAGAACCUACAAACAUUACAGAUGCUGAGUUGCCACCAUUGAAACUUGUACAUUCAUUCUGUGCAUUGAAAGCAGAUGAUGGCCCAUGCAAAGCAAUGAUGAAGAGAUUUUUUUUCAAUAUUCACACUCAGAAAUGUGAAGAAUUUAUAUAUGGGGGAUGUGAAGGAAAUCAGAAUCGAUUUGAAAGUCUGGAAGAGUGCAAAGAAAAAUGUACAAGAGAUUAUCCAAAGAAAACUAGGACAAAGACAACACUGCAAAAAGAAAAGCCACAUUUCUGCUUUUUGGAAGAAGAUGCUGGAAUCUGUCGAGGUUAUAUUACUAGGUAUUUUUAUAACAAUCAAUCAAAGCAGUGUGAACGCUUCAAGUAUGGUGGGUGCCUUGGCAAUCUCAACAACUUUGAAUCACUGGAAGAAUGCAAGGACACCUGUGAGGACACAUUGAAUGAUUUCCAGGUGGAUGAUUAUAGAACCCAGCCUGAUGCUGUGAAUAAUGACUCCUUGACUCCCCAGCCUACCAAUGUACCCAGCUUCUUCGAAUUUUAUGGCCCCUCCUGGUGUCUGAGCCCAGCAGACAGAGGAUUAUGUCAAGCCAAUGAGAGCAGAUUCUACUACAAUUCAAUCACUGGGAAAUGCCACCCAUUUAAGUACAGUGGAUGUGGAGGGAAUGAAAACAAUUUUACCUCUAAAAAAGCAUGUCUUAAGACUUGUAAAAAAGGUUUCAUCCAAAGAAUAUCAAAAGGGGGAUUAAUUAAAACCAAAAGAAAAAGAAAGAAGCAGCCAGUGAAAAUAGUAUAUGAAGAAAUUUUUGUUAAAAAGAUAUAAAUUUGUUACAUUACAACAUUAUUUCUACUAAAUAUCUUGGAUAAAACUUUUCGUUAUGAUUCCUAUUUUUUCUCUCCUGAAAUCUUUUUAAUGAAUUUUUCAUGAGUUUUCUAUGCAUGUAUUAUCUGCUAUUAAUGCAUUUGCAUCAGAGUUCCUUUUCUUAUCUGGUCAAAUUGCUUAUUCUAUGGCUAUAACUUAUUAACUGUCUACUAUGAACUUAUUAUUCUAUCAAUCCCUUUCUAACUCUCUGCCAUUUAACUACAAUUUAUCAUACUGCUGACAUCAAAUCAUGUCAUUUUACAAUUUGGUGAUCAUCCUAUUUGAGAAUAUGUUGUCACUUAUUUGUUUUGAUCAUGUAUACAAUUAUAUUUUUUAUAGCCUAUGUCCAGAUUAAAAAAUGCAACUAUUAAAGAUCAAGUGGUUUUGGGGUUUCACAUCUAAAAUAGUGGCAAGCAUCUUCUGAUAAAGAUCACUCAAUAGUGCAUUUGGAAAGAGCUGGUAAUAACAGAAUUCUGUCACGUGAUUCCCUCCCUAGACAUACUUUUUCUCCUUUUGCAUUAACCAGUACCUCAAACAGUCUUGAGCCAAACCAUAACUGAACAAAGAAAGUCAACUCUACGUCACGUACCUGCCUGAUUUUGAUUGAUGUAACUUUUAUUUGCUUAUGGCUCAUCAUGUCAGUAAAGAUGGCUGAAUAGCUGUGUGUUAAAUACGGAUGAUAAGAAAAAACUUGGUGGGAAAGGGAAUUUCUUAGUGGCAAUCAAAAGGAAAUUGUUUAUGUACUUCCUAAUUUUAUUGCUUGGCAAAAUUUUCUCUUACCAAAAAUAGCAAGUAUAUUUAAAACUCCUGAAACCUAUUCAUUUAUAACUAGGCUUUGCACACAAAGCAACCAGUAAUUCAUGUUUUUAAAACAAAGUCAUGUUAUUUCUGUUGAAAAGGAAGAGAAAAUCAUUAGCAAGGAAGAUUCUACUAGAAAACAUUUAUGUUAUUCACUCUCAGGCUUUUAUCUAACAUUUCUCUGGAGUUAAUUCACUUUAUCCAGAUCUAUACCUUUCCUUCUCUGCUGAGUCAUGUACAGUCUGACAUCUCAACAGCCUUCUAGAUAUUUCAGAUUCUAUGAUGUUCACUUCAAAUUUCACAUUUAAAUUUGAACUUGUCAUCUAGAAACAACUAACCACUUUAUCCAUUUAGUUUAGCUUAAUUACUUCUCUCUAGCAAUAGUAUCAUAAUUCUGCCUGCUCCUCAGACUUGAAAGUUUGAACCCAUUUUGAUUUCUUAUUUUCCCUCAUAUACUACUUCCAACCAGGCUCUAAACACUAACGCUUCCUUUUUCAUAAAGUUCAUCUAACUCCCAGGCUU